AUGGCCAUCAAACUCCGCGUCCUGAUAUCAGACUCAAAGGCGUACCCGCCCACCGCGCUGUGUCCCGUCAACUCGGCGACCCCGACGCGCGUCAAGAAUGACCUUUUCGAAGGCGAGGUGUCCGUCUUUGUACGCGGGUUUGACGGCGAGGGGGCCUCGGGCGAUGGGGGUGUGUACUUUGACAAAAGGGAUGACAUGACCUAUGGGAUUGUCGUACGAGGCCGCUUCCUCGACAAUCCCACCGCCGAUGAUGUCGUGUUUGGCAAUGUCUUCGAAUCACCUAUUCGCGACAGUCUUCCUUGGGGGACGUCCCUUGCAACGAAGUUCAUGUAUUUCAUCGACCCCACCCUCGAGCUCGACUUGUACGCCGACAAGCCAUGGGCACUGUCACCUGCAGUGGCGACAAUGAACCACUUGUCACUGCGCGGACCCAAGGCACUGGCCGAGGACGCCGAGGCCCUCAGCGCCGACAUGGCUGCCACACCGGGUCCCGUGGGUGCCGUUAUCAGCGAGGACGCAUUGGGGCUCGCGGGGCAGGAAGACGGGGCACACGACGUGUCGGCGCGUAGAAGGUGGUUUAGCGUGCCGGAAAACAGACAGGCACUGAGUCUGCAGGAUGUGGACGUUGGUACAGAGUUCUCCAAUGGCGUACUCGACUUUAACACACUUUCCGCGACGCUCCCGCGGCCAUUCACCAUGUCAUUCCCGCUACUCAGGUAUUGGGACGGCCAGGCGGUGACGUACGUCUGUCGCCGACGCGUCCCCGCUGGUGAAUCCCCGGUCAAGGCUGAGGGCGUGUACUGGGCCGUUGCGUUUGAGAUUAUCGACGAAGACGCUCGAUCCCAGUUGGAGAAGAGGGGAGGCAAGGUCCAGUCCGCUGUGGAAGGAGAGUCGAGUUCUGUGACUGGAGAGACAGCGGGAACGAGUGUAGCACCAGGAGAGGCUGAGGCUGCGAGCAGUGACGAUAUUGACUGA